AUGGCAUCUAAUAAACCAGGAACUUCAAGUUUAGGCGUAAAACGAAUUCCAAAAAAGUUGAAUGUUCAACGGCACUAUAAUAAUCACAAUGAUAUUAUUGAAAAAUACCCCAAGGGUUCUGUAAAGAGGACAGAAUAUAUUAAAAAGAAGACUAAUUCAAUGUUAACUCAGCAAUCAAUUUUUACUAAACAAACAAAUGAAAAAAAAAACAUGGUGUUAACUUCUUAUGAAAUCGCAUUUGGGAAGUGCAAGUGUGGAAACCUUAUUCUGAUGGCGAAAUCAUUAAAAAAAGUUUCGAUAUUUUUGCAAAAAAUGCAAAUGAUUCAAAAAUUUCUACAUAUUUCAAAACAAAUUUCGUGUAAUACUACUAAUUCUAAAUAUUUUUCUCUUGAGCUUGAUGACAAUCCGCAAUUAAGAAUAUUUAUUCGAAGUGUGAAUUCUAAGUUUAAAGUGACGGAAGAACUUUUAGGACUUGAAGUACUCGAAACAUCGACAAAAGGUACAGAUAUAUUUAAUAAACUAAAAUGUUGUUGCGUUGAAACUUUGUUGUUAAAAAGUGACGAUUUAAUCUGGUCAAAACUUGAAAAUGUAUGCACAGAUGGUGCUCCAUGUAUGAUAGUAUCUCGAUGUAUAAACAAAAUAAAAGCUCGGCCUUUAAAUCAUCGAUUAUUCAGAGCUCUAUUUGAAGAUGCCAUUAACGAAUCUGGUGAACAAUUUUUAUUUUGUGAAGUAAGAUGGCUUGCAAAAGGAAAAGCAUUAGAAAGAUUUUGGAAUCUAAAAGACGAAGUUAUUGAAUUUUUAGAAAAAAAUAAUGAAUUGCCUGAUGAAUGUGAACUAAUGAGAGAUAAAAAUUGGUUAAUUAACAUUGCAUUUUUAACUGAUAUUCUCGGACAUUUAAAUAUUCUCAAUAAACGAGUCCAAGGUGAAGGAAAUUUAUUUCCAGCCCUUGUAGGUUCUAUAAAUUCUUUCAUGUCUCGACUUCGUCUUUUCGAAACGACACACGAUCUCCAAAAAUAUAACCACAAUAUGCAAUUGGAAAUUAUUGAACUUCAAAGUCCAACAGUUUUAAAAUGCAAAUAUAAAGAGUCAUCUGAGAUUAUAGAAUUUUGGAAAUGCCUACCCGAGGAAGAUUUUCCAGAAUUACAUAGUGUAGCGGUGAAAUUGGUUUGCAGAUUUGGCUCUACAUAUAUAUGUGAGAAAAGUUUUUCACGGGUGACUUUCAUUAAAAAUAAGUAUAGAACCGAACUAACAAAUUCUAAUUUGAAAAAUGUAAUGCUUCUAUAUUCAACUAAACUUAAACCAAAUUAUGAAGAGAUAAUAUCCAUGAAGCAAAUUCAACAUACCAGUUACAGUCAUUAA